AUUGGCAUCACUAUUUCAGUCUUGUUUCACAUUGACUGUUUUUUUUUUCUACUUUUCUUUUUUCCUGCAUUGAUUUCUCCUUUUGCUUUUCUUCACUUUCUAUCUUGUUGUGUAAUAACUCAGACCCCAUUACUUAGAACCAAAAUUUCAUUUUUUUUUUUCAUGCUUGCAUUAAACCUUUGCAAACUUACAUUAAUUUGGUGAAGUCUCUUUUUGAGAAAAUUGAGGAGCUGAAAGGAGAGUUGGGAAUUAGUGUGAAAUGGCUGCUCCAAAACCAGAGGAAAUAAGUCAUCCCCCAAUGGACCAACUUCAGGGCUUAGAGUAUUGCAUUGAUUCUAAUCCUUCAUGGGUGGAGGCUAUAGCUCUUGGAUUUCAACAUUAUAUAUUGGCAUUAGGCACUGCUGUGAUGAUUCCUUCAUUUCUUGUUCCUUUGAUGGGUGGAAAUGAUGAUGAUAAAGUGAGGGUAGUUCAGACAUUAUUGUUCAUUGGAGGAAUAAACACAUUGCUGCAAUCUUUGUUCGGUACUCGAUUGCCGACCGUUAUUGGUGGGUCGUGGGCUUUCAUGGUACCUAUAAUCUCGAUAAUUCACGAUCCAUCCUUGGAAAGAAUUACGGACCCUCACAUGAGAUUUUUGAGUACGAUGCGGGCAUUACAAGGGGCACUUAUAGUGGCAUCGAGCGUGCAGAUUAUUCUUGGGUUUAGUCAGUUGUGGGCUAUAUGUUCGAGAUUUUUCAGUCCACUUGGGAUGGUCCCUGUAAUUUCUCUGGUGGGUUUUGGUCUUCUUGAUAAGGGCUUUCCCGUGGUCGGACGAUGUGUAGAAAUCGGCAUUCCAAUGUUCAUCUUAUUCGUCGCCUUCUCGCAGUAUUUGAAGCACUUCCAAACAAAACAAAUCCCCAUACUUGAGAGAUUUGCACUUCUCAUAACAGUGACAGUUAUAUGGGCUUAUGCACAUUUGUUGACUGCAAGCGGCGCUUACAGGCACCGGCCUGAGUUGACUCAGAUCAAUUGCAGAACUGAUAGAGCAAACCUCAUAUCUUCAGCUCCAUGGAUCAAAAUCCCGUACCCGCUUCAAUGGGGUGCACCUACUUUUGAUGCCGGUCAUGCUUUUGGAAUGAUAUCGGCUGUAAUAGUCUCCUUAAUUGAGUCGACUGGAGCAUAUAAGGCUGCAUCUCGUCUGGCAAGCGCCACACCUCCUCCGGCGCAUGUUCUUAGCCGUGGAAUCGGUUGGCAGGGGAUUGGAAUAUUGUUGGACGGUUUGUUUGGUACUGGUACUGGAUCAACAGUUUCAGUGGAAAAUAUUGGUCUUCUUGGAAGCACUCGGGUUGGCAGUAGGCGAGUAAUCCAAAUAUCAGCUGGUUUCAUGAUCUUCUUCUCCAUAUUGGGGAAAUUCGGCGCAAUAUUUGCAUCCAUACCCUUCACAAUAUUUGCAGCUCUGUAUUGCGUUAUGUUCGGCCUUGUUGCUUCGGUUGGGCUGUCGUUUUUGCAGUUCACAAACAUGAACUCAAUGAGAAACCUUUUUAUUACGGGUGUGUCCUUAUUUCUGGGCUUGUCAAUACCCGAAUAUUUUAGGGAAUACACAAGUGCUGCUCUUCAUGGCCCUUCACAUACUAGGGCUGGAUGGUUUAAUGAUCUUGUGAACACGAUAUUCACAUCUUCCCCAACGGUAGCCUUAAUAGUGUCGGUGUUUUUGGACAAUACGCUCGACUAUAAAGAUAGUGCAAGGGACAGAGGCAUGCCGUGGUGGGUUAAGUUUCGGACUUUCAAAGGGGACAGUCGAAAUGAAGAGUUCUACACUCUUCCUUUCAACCUCAACCGGUUUUUCCCUCCAUCUUGACCAGGAUUAUAAGGCCAGAAGAUUAUAUUUUUAUGAUUUUAAAUAUAAUCAUGCUGGUGAUUAAGAGAAUUCAGUGAGGGGAGUAGUGUGAGAGAUUUGAGUUCAUAAGUGGGGAUGACAGAUUAGCUAGCCUUAGUUUUAGCUCUGUUGUUUAAAUUUUUUCAUUUGUUUGAAUAUUAAUUUGGGUUAAUUCAAGUUUAAUCCAAAGGAAUUUAGCUUCUUGUUUGUUCCUGAGUUCUUGUAUAAUAUGGUAAAAGC